GAGUUAACGUUGCGUCUCGUAUGGUGACGUCGUGAGUGAAUGAGGGACAGUGUAGGGAGCGAAAAGGAGACGAGGAAGGAGGAGAGGUGCACUAGGUACCGUUGUGUGUGUUUGAAGCCUAUCGUGUUUUUUCGAAACACCAUACACCAAUAUAAUGCAACCACGUUUCAUUUGGUCCACUAAAUAGAUAUAUUUUAAUAUUGACUUCAAUGCUUUGGGGGACUCUUAUUUGCACCAAGCACACUUUUGGAAACACUGUUGUCGACAUUUGCUGUUUAGGCUAUUUUCUACCUACGAGUCGUAUUCGACGGAAACAUGGAAUUAGAACGGGCGUCGAGUGUUUGUGGAGGGAUGGCACUGUCAUUUCUUCUGCUAAUUGUGUCCGUGUUCCCCUCACUCACUGCGGCUAUGCACAAUACAACUGCCGGCUGUGUUAUCAUCCGUCCGCCUCGUGAUGGAGGGAUCAGGUACAGAGGCCUGACCCAAGAACAGAUCCGAAGUGUUCAGGUACUGCCUGUGGACUAUGAGAUUGAGUACAUCUGCAGAGGGAACCGGGUGAUUGUGGGGCCCAAGGUGAGGAAGUGUCUUCCCGAUGGCACCUGGACAGACCUAAGCCAGCAUAGCAAAUGCUUGUUGCUGUGCCCGCGUGUUUGGACGUCCCUGGAGAAUGGGCGCGUGUCGGAGCGACCCUCGGGUCCACCAGUAGAGGGCACCGUGCUCAACUACAGCUGCCUGCCUGGCUUCAUCCUCGUAGGCCGGAACUCCUCCCACUGUAACAAACUGGGGAAGUGGGACACCCCCAAGCCUGUCUGCCACUAUGACAGACACUACACAGGCAAGAAGAAACUCUACAUUGGUGCCCUGUUCCCCAUGAGCGGAGGAUGGCCCGGGGGACAGGCAUGUCUUCCUUCCGCUCAGAUGGCGCUCGACUUGGUGAACAAGAGAACUGAUAUACUGCCAGACUACGAGUUGGAACUCAUACACUAUGAUAGCAUGUGUGAUCCAGGAGAGGCUACCAAACUACUGUAUGACCUGCUCUACACGGAGCCCAUUAAGAUUGUCCUGAUGCCUGGCUGCAGCUCUGUAUCCACCCUGGUGGCUGAGGCUGCGCGCAUGUGGAACCUCAUAGUGUUGUCCUACGGCUCCAGUUCUCCCGCUCUCUCCAACCGGCAGCGCUUCCCCACCUUCUUCCGUACCCACCCCUCCGCCACCCUGCAUAACCCCACCCGCGUGCAGCUCUUCCAGAAGUGGAAGUGGACCAAGAUCGCCACCAUCCAGCAGACCACAGAGGUCUUCACCUCAACUCUGGAUGAUCUGGAGCAGAGGGUGAAGGAGGCAGGCAUCGAGAUCAGCGUUCGCCAGAGCUUCCUCACCGACCCCGCUGUGGCUGUCAAGAACCUCAAGCGCCAGGAUGCCAGAAUCAUAGUUGGCCUCUUCUAUGAGACGGAAGCCAGAAAAGUGUUCUGCGAGGUGUACAAGGAGAAGCUGUUUGGGAAGAAGUAUGUCUGGUUCCUGAUUGGCUGGUAUGCGGACAACUGGUUUAAGAUCAAGGACCCCUCCAUUAACUGCACCAUUGAGCAGAUGACAGAGGCUGUGGAGGGCCACGUUACCACGGAGAUAGUCAUGCUCAACCCAGAGACUGUACGAGGGGCCUCCAACUUAACCUCUCAGGAAUUUCUGGGUCAGCUGAUGUCUAAGCUCGGGGGUAAGAACCCAGAGGAGACAGGAGGCUUCCAGGAGGCUCCUCUGGCUUAUGACGCUGUGUGGGCCCUGGCUCUGGCCCUCAACAAGACGGUGGGGCCCCUCAAGGCAAAGGGCCGCAGAUUGGAAGACUUCAACUACAACAACCGAGACAUCACUGCCGAGAUUUACCGUGCACUCAACACCAGCUCCUUCGAGGGAGUAUCUGGUCAUGUGGUGUUUGAUGCUCAGGGUUCUAGAAUGGCCUGGACUCUUAUUGAGCAGCUACAAGGAGGGAGUUAUAAGAAGAUUGGAUACUACGACAGCACUAAAGGCAAUCUGUCCUGGUAUGGGAAUGACAAGUGGAUAGGGCCAGGACCCCCUGCAGAUCAGACUGUGGUCAUCGAGGAGUUCCGUUUCCUCUCCCAGAAACUCUUUGUGUCUGUGUCAGUGUUCGCUGGACUGGGAAUUCUACUGGGCAUUGUCUGCCUCACGUUCAAUAUUUACAACAGCAACGUCAGGUACAUCCAGAACUCACAGCCCUAUCUGAACAACAUGACUGCGGUGGGGUGUAUGAUGGCCUUGGCAGCUGUGUUUCCCCUGGGCAUCGAUGGGCUGCAUGUCCACAGGAAGCAGUUCCCUGUUGUCUGCCAGUUUCGCCUGUGGUUGUUAGGCUUAGGCUUCAGUCUGGCCUACGGAAGCAUGUUCACCAAGAUCUGGUGGGUCCACACCGUCUUCACCAAGAAGGAUGAGAAGAAGGACAAGAGGAAGCAGCACCUGGAGCCAUGGAAGCUGUAUGCCACUGUGGGGGUGUUGCUAGGCAUUGACGUGCUGUCGCUGAUGAUCUGGCAGAUUGUGGACCCGUUGCACAUCACAGUGGAGAAGUUCACCCGGGAGGCCCCUAAAGGGGACUUGGAUGUUCUGAUCCAGCCUCUGCUGGAGCAUUGCAGCUCAGAGAAGAUGAACACUUGGCUGGGGGUUGUGUAUGGCUACAAGGGCUUGUUGCUCCUCCUGGGGAUCUUCCUGGCUUAUGAAACCAAGUCCAUAUCCACCGAGAAGAUCAACGACCACCGAGCUGUGGGGAUGGCCAUCUACAACGUAGCCGUGUUGUGUAUGAUCACGGCUCCAGUCACCAUGAUCCUGUCGUCGCAGCAGGACGCCUCCUUUGCCUUUGCCUCGCUGGCCAUCGUCUUCUCUGUCUACAUCACCCUGGUGGUGCUCUUUGUCCCCAAGAUGCGUAGGCUGAUCACGCGGGGCGAGUGGCAGUCUGACACCCAGGAGACCAUGAAGACGGGCUCGUCCACCAACAACAACGACGAGGAGAAGUCCAGGCAGCUGGAGAGAGAGAACAAGGAGCUGCAGAAGAUCAUCCAGGAGAAAGAAGAAAGGGUGUCGGAGCUCAGAAACCAGCUGUCUGAGAGACAAGCCCUCCGCUCCAGAAGACGACCGUCCACCACCAACCAGAACCACAGCUCGACCCCUCUGCCCAUUCUCCAGAGCGACCCCAAAUCCCUGGUGCCCCCACCAGGCUACCCCCUCCCUGCCUCCGACAACCACUCGCUCCCUCCCUCCUUUUCCAAUUCCUCCAACCUCUACCAGCCCGAUGGGAAGAUCAGCCGCAACAACUGUCACACCAGCAGGCUCCAGUUGCUCUACAAAUGAGAUGGAGAAGUGUGUGUGUGUGUUUGAGUGAGAAGUUGGGUUGAGUAGUGGUAUGAGUCAGCGUUAAAAUGAGUCAAUGAGGGAGCACAAGAAAGAGAGAUGAGUAUGGUGAGGUAAAAGAUGAAGGCGGAUGUUGCAAUGAGGGUGUUUAGAGGUGUCUGCAGUGGAUGAGUAAUCUAUGAAGCAACAUGUUGUGGAAAUCAAAUCCGAGCGGCCAAAAAACUACAACAAAGGAGCUGUCUUUGGAUUAGGGGGACUGAGGUAGGUCCUGGAUUCAGUCGGGGGGGGGGGGGGUAGAAAGCACAUAUUAUUAGUUUUUUUUGUCUCCUUUUUUCCCCCUCUCCCCCUGGCUCCAAACGAUUGAAUUGCUACCAUAUUUCUGUGUUGAUAGGAGGUUCUUUCUUUGUUCUAAGAUUCCAAGUAAAUCAUGGUUAUGCAGCUGUCUUCUCUGCAUGAUUAAGGAAGAGUCACCUGAGAUUCGUGAAUAUAUUGCUCAAGACUAAAGGGAGUUCUUUAUUGUUCUUGCACAUUUGUUGUAAAUAUUGUUACCAAAAGGUGUGUUUAUGGACACUGCAAAGUAAGAUAUUGGCUAUGAAUAGAAUACAGCAGACAGAGCUUUUAAACAUCAACCUUUUGUUAGACCAGCGAUUGAUUGUAGGCUACACAAAAAGACCCUGCAAAUGACAUGUUUGGGUCAUUUUGCAUUGAUCAACAUUUUCCUAUCCUAUUUCUUUUAGUAAAUGAUCCUAUUUUUCUCUGUUCAAAGAGACUAAUGAGGUGUUUUUACACAAUUCUCUCAAAUGUUGCCAUCCUCUCAGUUGGCUGAAGCAUGCCAAGGGGAUCCACUCAUCUGCUGUGUGCUGAUUAUAGGGAAGACUCCCAGCUGCAAGAUUUUCUCUGUGUGUUUGUCACUGCCGGUGAGAGCAGGUGAGCAUAAGGUCUCUCUCUCUCUCUUCUCUAUAAUCCUUUCGGUGCCAUGACUGUCAUGGUGAAACACUUCUUGACAACCGCACAAAUCUUCUGGCAAAGGGUUAGUUGAGUUGAGUUGUUGUGUUAGGCCACAGGUGCAGCUGUAAAAGGUCAUGUGUCAGAAAGGUUGACAGGGACAGUAGAAAAUAACCAAAACAAAUAUAGUUUUAGUAAGAGAGGGUGAUUACACUUCAGCGUAUAACCCACACUAUGAACCAACAACAGUGAAAUCAAAUUACAUCUUACCAGAACAUUUGAUGUGAGAAUAAGUCUCAAUAUUUUCAGAGAGCGUAGCGCGGUGCUUAAAAAUUUGAGUUUACACCAUGAUAUGUUAUGCUGCACAAGACUUCCAAGUGCAUAGGUUUGUCAUUGAUUUUUUUUUAAUCAUCCUCUCCAGCUAAAAGCUUUAGAUUCAAUCAGGCCAGGCAUAAUCCAGUUAGUUCCUCCAUGACACCUGCCAUGUCUGAACCAUCUCUUCUCAGGGUGGCUCUACUCUGCAUAGAAAAUUGUUCAAACUGUUAACAACUGGCAGGAGAAUCCUCAAGCUAUUCAUUUAAGUGUGCCAUAAAACAGUGUAGAUCUCCUGGCUCUAAUUAAACUAAUACAACAUGUUGCUGUAAUAUUUCCCCUCUAAACCAGCACAGCACCUCUGUUAAAGUUCAGCCUCCUGCAUUGUGGUUUUUAGGUUUUGCUUUAUUAAUCAAAGAGAAAGAGAAAGGACUUUUAUGGCACGUCUCAGAAGUAGGAAGACGCACUUCCCCUGCUUCUGUUUUGAGGUGACAUUUGCACUCUGAAGUGAGUGGACUGUAUUCAUUACGUCUUUUGGGUUCUUGUUUUUGGUGAAUCACAGUAUUGAUUGACAGAGACAUGCCCUGCUACUCCCAACAGCCUGACGUCGUGCCUGUCUGUUUUAGCGGCAAGCUUCUUAAUUGUAAAUCACGUUUUAAUCCCGACUUUUUAAGCUAUUCAUAUUUCUUUUCAGGAGAGCAUCACAGUCUAAUACGCAUGUGGUUCAUACUCAUAAACAUUUGUGGCAACUGGAGUAUGACUAUGAUUUUGUGCUGAACUCCCCUUAAGGCUUAGAGCUCCAGACCUGUCUCUUCCCAGCCACUCGUUCAGCCCAAUGCUCUGUUGUCUCGCAGCUUGCAUCAUCUUUGAACUGUGAACUCGAGUUGAGCACUUAUGAAUGAUGGUGUGGUGCUUAUGAAGCCCUCAUGUAUUGUACAAAUUACGAGAGCAUUGUACAGUAGGUCCUCACGUUGGAUACUUUGUUAUCAAUCCUGCUAAGUGACCAUCUGUAAAUAUUGUAUGUUUAUCAUCGCUUAAUUGUUUAUCAAUUGUUGUAAAGUACGAAUAUAGUAAUGAUAUUGGUGGCGUUCCUUCAAAUGAGGAUAUGCACAACACUGACAAUGUAAAUGGUUAUUAAGAUAAAUGUAUUAUCUUGCACAUGCGUGUACAAGCUGUAUUUUGGUGUGGUACAGUAUUUGAAUAAUAUUUAUACAUAUAUACUGUGAUAACUGUGGACAUGAUUUUAAAUGCUAUGGAAAACUAUUAUGAUGAAUAAAGUCAUUGUUUUUUAUAUAUAUAUAAAGUGACAUUGUCUCUUGUGUAAAGAAUAAAGGGUACAAUGUUGCGUUCACAUGGUCUGGUG